CGGGCCGGCCCUGCUGUGGGCGCUGACUGGGGGUAGGCGGGCCGGGGAGUGUCGGGCCGGAGCGCGAGUGUGGGGCACCUGGGGUCUGCGGCCUUCCGGGGCUUUGGGCGGCAUGUCCCCACUAAGGGGACAUCUCAGCGACCUGGAGCCCCAAGACAGUAAGGAAGGGCCCGGUCCACGGACACUCAGCCCCGGAGUGCCAAGUGCAGGGAUGCUGUAGUCGAGGGAGGCUGGGUGCCAGCACCAGGGAGCCCUGCUGGGAUCACGAGCCGAGCUGCAGCCUUCUGGAGUCCACGGAUGGGACCCCUAGUCCGGUGUAAGCAAGGCGAGCUUCCCAAACCAGUAGGCUGUCUGGGGAAGACAUCAGACUCGUUAGGCGUCUGGCAGAUGAUCCCAUCAUCCCGGAAAAAAAGUCGAUCAGUUGGAGCCUUGUAAGGGCAGAGCCCCAUCGUCAUGGCAGUCAGUGCUAUCUUACAAGAAAAUAAUUUCCACAAGCUGUAGCCCUCCUGGAUUCGGCCUGCAGACCCACAGUCCAGGGAACUUAUAGAAAUGCUGGCAAUUUCAAGAAAUCAGAAGCUGUUACAGCUGGAUGAGGAAAACCAGGUCUUGGAGCUGCUAAUUCACCGAGAUGGGGACUUUCAAGAACUGAUGAAGUUGGCACUUAAUCAGGGAAAAGUCCACCAUGAAAUGCAGGCAUUAGAAAAAGAAGUCGAGAAGAGAGACAGUGAUAUUCAGCAGCUGCAGAAACAGCUGAAAGAGGCAGAGCAAAUCCUGGCAACAGCUGUUUACCAAGCAAAGGAGAAACUCAAGUCAAUAGAGAAAGCAAGAAAAGGUGCUAUCUCCUCAGAAGAAAUCAUUAAAUAUGCACAUAGGAUUAGUGCAAGCAAUGCUGUGUGUGCACCACUGACUUGGGUUCCAGGAGACCCUCGGAGGCCGUACCCAACUGAUUUAGAGAUGAGAAGUGGAUUGCUGGGUCAGAUGAACAACCCUUCCACGAGUGGUGUGAAUGGCCAUCUCCCAGGGGAUGCCCUUGCAGCAGGUAGACUGCCAGAUGUCCUUGCUCCACAGUACCCAUGGCAGUCAAAUGACAUGUCUGUGAACAUGCUACCACCAAAUCACAGCAGUGACUUUCUGUUGGAGCCUCCUGGGCACAACAAGGAAAAUGAAGAUGAUGUGGAGGUUAUGUCAACAGACUCUUCAAGCAGCAGCAGCGACUCUGACUGAAGAAGGCGUGAGAGCACGCACAGACUAGUGCUGCAGAGCCCUGACAAGAGGGACAUGUAAACCCCAGACCUCUAAGGAGCAGCCCACUGAAAACCAUUUGGGGUUCUUUUCAAUGCCCCCCCCCCCCAUUUUGUCUCAUCUGCUAGGCAAACGUGUGAGGAUUAGUCAGCAUUACUACUUUGGUUUGCACAUAGCAGCUCUGGAAGUGAGGCUGCAGGAGAAUGACACAACUCUCGGGAAUGACUUGAAAGGGCACCAAGCCAGGCGUGGCGGCUCAUACCUAUAAUCCCAGCACCAGGGAGACAGGGAUUGCUGUGAGACCUUCAUAGUAAGUUCUGAGCCAUCAGGGCUACAGAGCAGUCCGGGCCAGCACAAAGGCAGCGGGGCUCUGAGUGUGGUAUUUCAAAGUGAAAGUGCUCACCUGAGAGUCGGCUGCUGUUGCAGCGACAGAACUAUCACUAUUUAUAUGUGGUAAAUACUGUAAUUUGUAUAAAUAAACUUGCUUUUGUUUAUUUUUUAA